GCAUGGCAUUUGGACAAAACACAAGAAGCCCAGCAUCAGACCCAAAUACAUAACAUAGCAAUUUAAAGAGUGGGCUCGGGGAUGGGCCACAUUGAACAUUCAACUUAAAAGCGUGGGGAUUGGGGCGAGGAAUUCCAACGCUUGUUUUUGCCGUCUGCAUUGAACUUUAUAUUCUCACAUUUCAUAUCAAAGUUUCAACAUUUUUCUUCAAUUAGAUCCAUCUACGGUCAUGGAUGCUCCAUUGCCAUUGGAUAAAUUAGCUUUAGAACUGAUUAGUAAUGAACCAUCCCCUGGAAACUCUAGCAACGACAAGAUAUAUGUAAUUCUGGUGGCAACUGGAAGCUUUAAUCCACCUACUUUCAUGCAUUUACGCAUGUUUGAGCUUGCAAGAGAUGUGUUGAAUUCCAAAGGCUACUGCGUAAUUGGAGGUUACAUGUCACCUGUUAAUGAUGCAUACAAGAAAAAGGGCCUAAUAUCUGCUGAACAUCGAAUACGACUAUGUCAUCAAGCCUGCAAAAGUUCAGAAUUUGUAAUGGUUGAUCCGUGGGAGGCAAAUCAAAGCACAUACCAACGCACUUUAACUGUUCUCUCCAGAGUCCACCGUUCUAUUUGUGAGACAGGGUUGGUAUCUAGAGAAUCCCUCAAGGUCAUGCUUGUCUGCGGUUCUGAUCUCCUCCAUUCUUUUGGCGUUCCUGGAGUCUGGAUUCCUGACCAGGUUAAGACUCUAUGCAGAGAUUAUGGAGUAGUGUGCAUUCGCAGAGAAGGACAAGAUGUGGAGAAGACUAUAUGUAGUGAUGAAAUUUUGAAUGAGAAUCAGGCAAAUAUCAAAGUUGUGGAUGAACUUGUACCAAAUCAAAUCAGCUCAACGAGAGUAAGGGAUUGUAUUGCAAGAGGAUUAUCAAUAAAAUACCUUACUUCAGAUGAAGUAAUUGAUUAUAUCAGAGAGCAGAAAUUAUUCUUGAACUCAGAUGAUAAAUAAUUGGGUUUGUUUUUUCUGCACUUACUGCAGAUAAGUUAUCUGCAGUAAGCACAAUAUGACGUUGUUUUGGGGCGGAAAUUAUAGUGUUUAUGUAAUUUUAAUUUAUUUCAGGGUUAUAAUGGUCUUUAUAUUUAUAAUUUUUUAAGAUUUCAAUUCCAAAACGACAUCGUUUUGGGAAUAAAUACAGAUAAUUUAUCUCUAGUAACUGUGCAAAAACAUUUUUUCCUAAAUAAUUACUAUUGCUGUACAUCACAUUGGGCAUGAUAUAGUUCAUUGGUCCCUG